AGGUAGAGAGUCCUGUCCCAGCCACCUUCCCUUCGGGCUACAGAACUCCUAGAAGCAGGUUGCUACUCUCCAACGUCUUGCCACAAUUUGCCCUUUGCUGAUUGCACUGGUAAAACCACUCGGCAAUGGGGAUGUCAAAUCCUUAUGGCAAAAUUGUCAGUGGCUGAGCGCUGUAUGCGCGGACCCGGAGCCCAGCUUUGGCUUCAAUUUUCAGAACUUAAAAGGUGACAUCUAUGAGCAGCCAGUCAAUCUUAUGUCACCGAAAAAAGUCCCGCAUAUGAAGGGCGAGGAGCUGGACCGUGGUGCGGAGCCCUGGGCACCGUACGACAUCACAGGGAAGGCCGAGGAGCUAGCUGACGAUGCGCCAGAACACAACAGACUCAAACGCCGAGCUAAGCGGCGGCGUCCACGCGUGCAGAGGCGUCAGGGCCAGACCAACACUGCAGCUCCGGUCAAAGAGGGGAACGCUAGCGCGACAAGCGAAGUACCCGUAGCGCGCCGGAGCCGCCGCAAGAAGCAAAAGAAGCCUUUAUAUGACACCUGGGCGGGACCAGACCUGAGAAAGACUGAGGACGGGAAAUACGUAGAGAUGCCGAAGGACUUGUACCAGGCUCACUUGCGGCCUGGUGUCAUCUUCCGCAUACACAUGUCGGAGGCUAUACUGAAAAUGCAGUACCGCAAUUACGGAGAAGACAAGGACGAAUCUGUAAUCGAGGCCGACGUCGAAUACCUCCGUCUCACUCGCAAAGUAAUAAACGACGAGAUCACCAAGUUCGAAGACCUGCGCUGGCUGGUCGGCUGGUUCCGUAACCGCUCGCUGCUGGUUACAGAGCACGCGUGCAACACUCGCUACCUCGUUGUUGGCAUUCCCCCGACAAUCUGGACGCACCCCGAAGAGUACAUGAAGCGCAUGUGCCUAUUCGACAACGUAUAUCUGGACCACAUCCCGUACGUUGUCGGCGAAGACCAGUCCUUAAUGGCUGCAGUCGCUCCACCUGUCUUACACUGUGAUGCUUCUACUUGCACCAGCGUACCUUUUAUUGACAGCGUAAUGUUCGACGAGAAGCUAGCCCGCUCGAACGUGCGCACAACAACCCGCUGCCAAGCCAGCUGCAGAGCACACUGUCGCAACGACGCCGACUGUCUCAAACGCUGCUCUGACCGCUGUCUACGCGCAGAAUAAAGUAAACUACAGAA